AUGGAAGUAAAUAGUCAGACUCUUUCAAUUGAUGAUAUCCAAAUUAAAUUGGAUCCAUCAACCUCUCUAGUAGGAGUGUUGACAUGUCCUGUCAACCCUAUCGGUGUUAUUUUAUUUGCACAUGGUACUGGAUCAAGUAGAUUAAGCGGAGACGAGUACGAAUUGGAAAGCACCAAAUUGGCCAUCUCCCACAUGAGCGUGUGUCCCGACAAGGACUAUGUAGUUAUUCCACCCCACCUUUUCACCGACCCAGCCUGUCAAGUACAAGUUGCCGAAAUAUCAAAGAAAUUCUUUAAAAGACAGUUAGCCAAUUUUUAUUUUAACCAACAACAAUUAGAACACCAUCAACUUCAACUCAAACAAUUCCAACAACAACAAGAACAAGAUGCCAGUAGUAGCAGUGGUGACAAUAGUGCCAGCGACCACAACCACAUGUUGUUUGGUUCGAACAAUAUUAAUAAUAAUAACCAACAACAACACCAGUCGUCCGAUUACAAUGCAUCUUCUUCUUCAUCAUCAUCAUCAUCAUCGUCGUCGUCGAUCCCCAUUGCAUCACCUUCUUUAUUGACAUCUCCACCCCUUACCCUUCCCCUCACUAGUUCACUCAAAUCCAUCAAUGGAAAACCAAGUUACACCCAAAAACCGAAACGAAAUCAUAUAUUUAACAAUCACAGUGUAUUUAAUAUUAGUGUUUUGGCCACAGUUGAAGAAAACGAAUAUAGUACAAAUAAUCAAAAUAAUAAUUUCAACAAUGGUAAUAACGUUCAAUUUAAACAACAACAACAACAACAACGUGUAAAUAUUCAUCACAAUAUGAUCAGUAAUUAUAAUCCACCAAAUAGUAUAAAGCCAAUUCCACUUGGCACGACUCCCCUCCUUCUUCAGGCAUCCAUUUCCAAAGAUAACCAAGGACUUCCCUCUCCUAUCAUUUUGGAUGGUUCAAAUAAUAAUAAUAAUAAUAAUAGUAAUUCCAAUAACAAUGCCACUCGAAAUAUUGGAGUUGCUUCCCAAUAA